AAAGGUAAUCCACUCCGCAGCCUCAAUUCUUCCGUCUCUUCACUCUACAGACCCUCCAAAACCCUUAUCAUCCACCGCCGUCCACGGCGGCGUACUCCUCAUUUCUCCGUCAUCCCCGGCGAACCAGCAAUGGCAUCUACACCGGUGUCAGAACUCUCCGAUGGACCAGUCCUGAGUGUGAUCAACAAGCGUCUCCGUGCUCUUCGCAAGAAACACAGCCGCAUUCUCCAAAUGGAAGAAUCCCGCACGAAAGGAAAAACUCUCAACAAGGAACAAGAAGAAACUCUCCGUUCCAAAUCCGCUGUUAUUGCUGCCAUUGAUGAGCUCGAGAAGCUUCGUCAACCACUCGCUGCCGCUGUGGUUGAAGAAAUCAACCUCUCCACUGAACAACGCCAAGUUUCUCCGGCAGAAUCCGCCCUUGAUACGGCUAUUGAUUCUACUAACAAGGGAGAACCUGCACGCGAGGGUGUUUUGGAGGUUGAGGAUUUACUUAAUCUAUUGUACUUUGGUAGUAUGUUUGAUGUGAAGUCAUUGCAGAGUGAUUUUACACCUACGAUGUUGACGAGGACUAUGGAGAGAGCCUGUUGUUUGAGCUACGAUUGUAUGCCGGAUGAUGAAUCAACGGACGUGAUGGAUCUGUUAGGGGAGAGAGAUUUGGAUUUGAUUUCGAUGCUUAGUGGGUUGCUUGUUUCACGGCCUGUUAACUCUCCCUUGUCACACAAGCACGCUCUUCAGAAAUGUAUUGAGCACGCAAAGCUAUGGCUUUCAAAGUCCGAGCAGCCCAUUGAACCCAAUUCCGAUACUACUUAUGCCGGGCUGAGAUCAAAGCUCGAUAAGAUCAUUGCUUCACUAUAUUUUACCACAGACCCUGUUAAAGUGGAGGCAGCUGCUGGUAAAUAUGGGUCUUAUUCAGUGCCAGUAGAAGAGCAUGUGGAGACUGUGACUAUUGAUGUACCCUUGCAAGUGGACGCCCCAAGUGUGCAGUAUGAGCAGAAGGAAGAAGCUGUAAGUUCUCAAGCAAUUGAAACUAAUGACAUUCACAUCAGCAAUAAUAUCGAACUGCAGCAGGGGGGACAGGAUAUCAAUCAACCUGCUGAACCAGAAGAAGUCGUGUUUGAGGUUGAAGGCGUUGACAAUAUGAAGGAUGCAGAUUUCAAUGAGCAACAAUCUGUUCCCCGGAGAUCUUACCAGAAUCAGAAUUACAGGGGUAACCGUGGUGGGAGUGUGGGUGACCAUCGUGGAUAUUCCAAUGGUCGUGGAGGACGUGGCAGAGGAGGGUCCUACCAGAAUGGUCGCAACCAAUACUAUGACCAAUCUAGUAAUUAUCAACAGAGGAACUAUAAUAACUAUAGGGGAAGAGGUGGCAGGGGUGGUGGCGGAGGUUACAAUCAUUAUGCUUCUGGUGAUCAAGCUGGCAGUUACUCUGCUUCUGAUUUAAGGUGAUUAUAGAUCCUUUGCUAGCUUCGUCAAGCUAUUUCCCUAUCACAUUGGAUGACGCACACAAGUGUUUUCUACUUGCUCGUGCAUC